AUGGCCGAGAUUGAACCGACCGAUGAAGAUACUACGACCGAAUACCUCGAUGACACUACAGACAUGGAGGUUACGGAGGAUACAGAGGGUACAGAAGAUACAGAGCGAGAAGGAAAAGACGAAGAAACUGUAACCGAGGAAGAAACAAUAAAGGAAGGAGAGGCUGAAGGUAUUGUAGAAUAUGAAGAUGCAUCCUCAAAAGUUAGAAAGAAACACGGCAAGAAGAAACUGAAAAGUUGGAUGGAGCGAUGUAUGAGAGAAAAAUGGAAAUGCGACAUGCCGCUUUGGCAACUUUACAUGAAAACAUUUGUAGAAGACUACAAGCAACGAGAGAAGGAUGAUAUUUUUAAACAUAGAAAGCCUGCUGAUCUUAAAAAAUUUCCUCGUGUUCAAUCGUCGGAAGAUCUGCCCACCCAUUACAAGUGUUUACCACUUAACCUUUUCCAGCUGAAGGAUCAAUCGAAAUUGCCUGAUAAAUUAGAUCGAUCGACGAUGAUACGAAUCUGGCAGAACAUGCGUACAAACAUACCUGUACACUUCUCCAAAUCCGACACAGCGGUAGAGCCACAGAUAUCAAAGACCGAUGACGAUAAAUGGCCAGGAAUGUGGCCCUGCACGACGAGAGACAUGGCAAAAGAAUUGCUGGAGAGACGAAGGCAGAAGCGAAUGGAACGAAAAGAUCUGUUUCCCUGCGAUCCGGACUAUGUACGCGAUGGUUUCCAAGAUCCGAGCAACGAUUAUUCCGAUCAUAAGGAAUUAGGUCAUGCUCGAAUCCCACAAUCUUGCCCUCUACCAACCAAGGAGAUGCUAGUCGAUCGUGCUGCUGGUGAACAGCACGGUUUAGUAGACGGUGAUUACAUCAUUUUCGAGUUACCCUCGAAAGCUCGGGGAACCAGGAUCUACGCAGAUGUAUGUCUUCGGGGGUUGAAGGGUAUGCAUUUGCCAGAAUUGGGAGUUCUACGAGCGCGCAAAAGGACGUGGAAGUUCUGCUUUUAUCAGGCGAUCGUUGCUCUUCUAGCUAAGACACAACUGAGAUACAAGUAUGCCUGGAGCGCGAACAUCGAUUAUGUGUACGAUCACGCGUGGUUGCUCUACACCCACAUGGGUAUGAUCAAUAUCAAGGACAAGCAAAGGCUAGACGACAUCGUCGUGUACAACUACAAAUACAGCAUCGAAGUAAGAUUGAUUCAAGAAUUAAACGACGUUCCAAUCGUCACUGAUAUUCCAUGGGAUUACGAGGAAAGGAACAUGCGACGAAAAAUGAUCCUGGAACGAAAGGAGCUGAUGAACGUUAAACUGGAAAUCGGUUCCGAGAAAAUAACCGAUGAACAAAUAGCGCCAGUUCACAGAGGCAUUAAGAGAGUCCAGGAGUGGUUCGACAAACUUAAAGUACGUUAUCGUAACUGUAUAUUCCGCACCACCCGAUUCUCUGUAGCAUUUUGGAAGGACAAUCUAUUCUGGUACUUAUACAAUCCAUAUCGAUGCGAUGAAUUCGGCUAUUGGGACGAUAACGGAUAUGCUUGCAUCUUGAAGUUUUGCUCCAAAGAAUCUCUUAGAAGACAUCUGAUGAUCCUUCUAUUAAGAGCUUACGUUUACACUACUCCAAAACCGAGCAAGGAGGAACUAGAAAAGAAACCAGAAACUGAUACAGCUACAGUGGCUAUGGAGCAACCAGUAGCUGCAGAAGAUCUUGAAGCUACGGAACCAUCGCUAACCAUGGAACAGGUAGAAAUUGCAACAGAAUCGGGCGUUUCGGAAGAACCCAACGUUGAACGCCAAGCAAGUGGUCCGAACGAAUCGGUUCGUACACAGCCAUCAGGAAUUAGCUCUGCACAGCAACCAGAAACAGCCGAAGAAGAGGCAGAAGAAAAAUUCUUCACAAUCCAAAUUUUCCACGUGUCCCAUCUCUGCUGCCAGAUUCACAAUCUUAAAUUACUUCAACGAGGUGCACCAAAGCCACCUAAACGCUACGUGAAGAAGAAGACCAUUGACGAUUGUCCUUUCGAUCCUCUAGACAUGAGAGAUCCGUGCACGAUCGAGCAAGAGGAAGGUGACCUCAAGGAAUCGAUCGAAAAACCAACAUGGCUGAAACUAUACAAGAUCACUUGGACAAAAUCACUAGCUGUUCCUCAGAAGAAAAAGGGCAGCAAGGAACUCGGUCUAGGGAAGAUGCGCUGGCAUCAAUACGUUGUAGAAGAAUCAAACAAAUUAUUUUCUUUAUGGGGUGAGAUUCAUAUCACGGAUGGUAUGUUCGAGAGAGAAAACCGUGGAAUGCAAACGUACGCUUGUUACGUGGUUUGCGCUGGUAUGACAAGAAUUAUGGCACCUGAGUAUUGGAGUUCGAAGACACUGGACGUGAUUGUUAUGUGCGGAGACAGAUAUUACACGCAUAGUAAAUUAGAAGCAGAAUUUAAAUCUACAAAAAAUGAGUAUAGUCACGUGAAUUGUUGGAACAGAUAUUUGAUGAGUCAUUUUAAGAUCGGCGAGACGAUGUUCGAAGCAAAGGUUUUGCCAGCGAUUUGUGGUAGGUUGUACGCGAAAUCUGGCAAGUAUUUAUGGCAAUCUUUAGAACAGAUGUUCCUCAAGUAUAAAUUUGGUAUUUUAACGUGCGAAAGCUCCUGUUUAGGCGUGUUUAAAUUUUGUGGCGCUUAUUAUAUGUGUGACGUUAACUCUUUGGGUCCGCCGUUGUUUUCGUACGGAGAGGGAGCAGUUUAUCUGUUAAGAGCCACGUAUUUUUUGAAAUUCAUCACGGUUCUAGUGUUGACAAUCGGUUCACCGGAAUGCAGUCAGUUUGCUCUGAACCCUAUCGAAAUAUUGAAGGUCGUCGAUGUAGGUCCUUCUGUGUUUCCUGUUGGAAGAGCUGAGAAGAAGGAUAGAACUAAAAGAGGUACCAAAGUGGAGUGCCCGUACGACGAGGAGAAGAAAAAACAGAUGAAAAAGUGGAAGCAUAAGAGAGCGGAAACCGCACGAACUAUCGAUAAAUUGUGCUGUAAAGGUGGAGGAUGAUCGUUAGAUUCUUGUUUAAUUCCUCUUGUAAAAUUUAAAUUGUUUACAUGUAAUACCUACAUGCAAUCUAGUUCGAACUCUACUUUAGUAUUUUUUAGUCUCUUUUUAGUCUUUAGAAUGUGACUUAUUUUGAUAAAGGUUUUUAGUUUCAUUGAAAUUAUUGUAUUUAUGUAAUCUUCAUUUGAGAAGAUUAAUAAAGGGAUUAUCAUAUGUUGUGAAUAUGUUAAAUGGAAUUUUUAUAAAUUAGUAAUUUUAUGUAUUCACUAAUUGAAUGAUAAAUCAUGAUAAAUCAUGAUAAAUCAAAUCUUCAAUCGUUCUGCUAUCAUAGUGGACUGUAACGAAAAGAUGUACUUCAAAAGAUAUUGCCAAGCUUCAUUCAGCU